CCACUCGCACCGCAUACUGUACUCUGUUCGAAUAACAGUGGUCAUGUCGCGUUCGAUGUUGUAUCCACACUUUUAGAGGACAUUCCCGAGACAAAAAUCCACAACAGCUUGAAUAUAAAUACAGGUAGUCGAUAGGCUUGAACCUUGAACCCACCCGCUUGUUAUUUCUGUCGUCCAGUCCCAGAGCCAUAUCUUAAUGUCUGCCGAAGAAACAUACUAUAACGUCGAAGUUAUCCAGUUUUGGCGGGGCGAGAUAGAGUACCUUCGGCCCCAUCCCCUUCACUGGGUCAUCUACGUCCCAACCGAUCCUGGUGUCGGAAACACGUACCACCUCCUGGGAGACACAGAGACCUACACCGUGGAGUUCAGGCGUAACCAGCCACAUGUCAACCCUGAUGACUGGCGCGGAAGCCACACCAUGGGAAGAGUGGCUGCAAGUAAGCUGGCCCUUUUCGAAUGGAACCUCGCGAACGUUCCGAUCAUGUAUAACGACCCCCGAUGGAACAGCCAGAACUGGGUGUGGGACUGUCUUCGCCGCCUCCGCCAUCAACGUUUUGAGAUCAGCUGGGAGCUUAGACAAUGCGACCUUCAAACAAAGAUGUGCUGCCUGUUGGAGGACUGGGAUUUCGGUCGAAUCUAGAGGUGGAGAUCUAGCGUGCCCGAAUGGCUGAUCAAGUAUUUAAUGUUCUUAUUCAGAGCCAUUGGGAGCACUCGCCAUAAAUUCAAGAUAUUUGCAAUUGCCAUGUGAAUCAUCAUUAGCAUCAUAGACAUCU